CCGCGGCGAUAAAGACACUGGUCUCCUCGUGGCAUUAUCUGCUGCAGUUCCGCUCUUAUAACCGCGACCCGGAACCUCUUGUACGAGCGUCCUUGGAGACCGAACCUGCUUCAAAAUGGCGCACAUCACGGCUCGGAAUCCUCGGAGGACCCUAAAAUCCAGGAGUGGAUGUGCCACUUGUAAGCGUCGCCGAGUCAAGUGCGAUGAAGGGGAACCCAGUUGUCGGCGUUGCACCAAGACUGGGCUCGAAUGCCCUGGAUACAGUCGGCCGGUGAGAUGGUCGACCAAGUACGAAAAGAAUUCUAUCACCCAUCUCGAUUCCGCCAAUUCUUGCGCGGAAUCAUUUGCCUGGUUUGAAAGCCACGCCAAAAAGCUCUCGACUGCCAUUGCUCCUCCUUCUCCAGCCGGGCUAUUGACGAUUAUGGGACAUCGUGAUGAGCCACGGGUUCGUCCUGAUCAAGCUUCUACGAUAGAAUCUCCAUCCACCACUGUGUCGCUCCAAAUAGAGUCACCAAACCUGGAAGAUCAAAACCACGAAAGCCCUGCUCUGUCUGCGGGUAGCUCUUUAGCGAACCAAUUCGACCUAUCCCCCGCUCCCUCAACAGGGGAUAUUUUCGAAGAGUCUGCGGACGAUGUGCUUGCAAACGAAGAUAUGGAGCUCAUCGAACCCUGCUUUGGAGACUGUGACCUGUCCUUGUCGCUCUAUGCCCCCACCGAACAGUCUUCGGUCCUGCUAGACCAUUACUUCUCGCUAACAUGUCGGAUUACCUCGUGUUUCGACUCCCUCUAUAAUCCUUUUAGGUCAGAAGUGUCGCGAAUGAUUGUUGAUUCUCCGCUGGUUUUCAACUGUGUGAUGAGUAUGUCAGCUGCGCAUCUUUAUCAAAACGACCAAGGCAAUGGUAGUGGUGCUAUCCCGUUGGGGUUUCAGACCGAAGCAAUAUCAUUGCUAUCAAUCGAACUAGCCAAGAUCGCCGGGAUGGAAGUCGAAUCUCAAGGUAGCGAAGUGGUUGAACUGGGGGCGGUGGUUCCCAGGCAGACCAGUUUGGUGAGAGAUGAUGUCCUAUUAGGUAUCAUUCUUCUGGGGAUGACUUCGGCUUGGCACAACCCUUCCUCCUUAGGACUUUCCCACCUCCAUGGGUCACGACAGCUCUUCAAAGCCUGGAUGUCGUCCAACGCUCUAGACGACCCCAAUAAACCCCCGAGCGUGAACAAAACCCAAAGUUUCCUGGUCUCAUCAAUGGUCUACUGGGAGGCAAUGUCGUCUUUUCUCCUUGAUCAGGAAACAGAAGCGUUAUCAUAUCUCGACAUCUUUUGCUCUACCGCCUCACCUUCAAUGGUAUACCCACAUCCCUGGACUGGGGUUGCGACCCCCGUCUUUAUCUUCCUUGCCAAGGUGGGUACGCUUAUGAGAAAAAAGAGAGUAUUGCGGAACCUUCGACUUUUCAAAAACGGCGAAGCCUACCAAAGAGCAUUAUACUCAGAGCUUCUUGAGGAAGCCCGCACCGUGGAGCAAAACAUACUCAAAUGCCGGAUUCCAUUCAUCAGUUUAAUCGAGGAUAUUGGCGACCCACACACGACCCCGGAACAUUUCCAUGCAAUCGGGCGUUGCUAUCGACUUGCCGCUUUGCUGGAGCUGUACAGGGCUUUUCCAGAGAUUAUCGAAGAUGAGUCUCGAUUCCACCUAGCCGCAGACUUCGCAUACGACCCAAUGGAUAAUCAGUCACAACUUGUACUGGGUCUCGCCUUUGGCAUACUGAGAACGCUUGAAAUGGUACCGGAUGAUUCUCACACAAUCUCAACACAGAACCUUCUUCUACUGAUCGCCGGGAGUGCAUUGGCGCAAUUCAGCCCAAAUCAGCUUCAAGAAACUCCGGCUCAGGCGAAGGUGAACGACGAGGUGGCACAGUGGAGGCGUUUUGUGCGAAACCGAGUCCUCCACUUGUACACGUCUAUUGGCUUGCGUCCGAUAAAACACGUUGCCAUCACGCUUGAGGAGGUUUGGUCACGUAUGGACAUUGUAGUCAAGUCUGGGAGUGUCAUGGGCGACCGGGAUAAUGUAUUUUCGGAUCAAGUGCAUUGGAUGGAUAUAAUGGCUGAGAAGAAGCUUGAGACCAUGCUCGGCUAAGCCUCUAGAAUUCAACCACUUUAAGGAUCUAUUGCCCAGUGCCUGUAAACAUUGCCUCUAGCUUGCUAUUUCGCCACCAUAGCUCACAGCUUAGCUCUCUGAUCGCAAUAAAAAGCUAGAGCAUAGGUUUCCGUUGAGAAAGAAAUUGUUGAUCCUUUGACAAACAGCAUCACGUCGCCUGCCCUCGCCGUCACCUUCCUUCCAGUUUCGUCUUCGACGACGCACUCCCCUUCGGCGAAAAACUUUGCUUCGUCGAAUUCAUACGUAAAUACACAUGGCUUUCCCUUUUCAAUGCGGAAGAAGCCAGCGGAUAUGGGUGUUUUGGCACCUGUGUCGCUUGUUGAGACGACGUCUAGCGUUGAUUGAGUUAGUGG